CCCUCCGGUAACCCUCCGGGACUCACCGGGACCCUCCGGUACUCACCGGGACCCUCCGGGACCUCCCAGGUACCCAGCGGGACUCACCGGGAUCUCCUAGGAUGGCGAGCGAGCGGCUGCGCAGCGCCCAGGACCUGCUGGACCUGACCUUCCAGUCGCUGGCCAUGCAGCACAUGGACCUGAAGCAGGUGGAGCUGGACACGGCCGUGGCCAGAGUGCCCAAACCCUUUAUCCUCACCCCAAAUCCUUUAUUCCCACCCCAAAUCCGUGUUCCUAAAUCCCUUUUCCCGGUCCCAGCACUGGCCAUGCAGCACAUGGACCUGAAGCAGGUGGAGCUGGACACGGAGUCGCUGGCCAUGCAGCACAUGGACCUGAAGCAGGUGGAGCUGGACACGGCCGUGGCCAGACGCUGGCCAUGCAGCACAUGGACCCUGAAGCAGGUGGAGCUGGACACGGCCGUGGCCCAAGGUGGACGAGCUCUCCCGGCAGCUCGAGUCCCUCUGGACGGACGGGCCGGGCCCCCCCCCCCAAGGAGCAGAGCAGCCCCCGGAGCCGCUCGAGCCGCCGGAGCCUCCUCGGGGACGGUCUGGAGCUGGGGGGGGGGCUCGGGGACCCUUUGGGGCGACCCCCGCCCCAUUUCCUGGGGGGGGAGCUGGAGCGCGCCCCCUCCCCCCGGCCCAAGGUGCUGGCGGUGCCCAGCCCGGGGGGCGGCAGAGCCCCUCCCCACGGCCCCUGCGGCCCUUCGAGCUCCUGGGGGGGCUCGGGGGGUCCCCGGGGGGGGCGUUCGGCGCCGAGAGACCCCCGGCCCCCCCCCCCCGUACGAGGUGCAGGCGCUGUACCCGUCCCUGAGCGGCCCCCCCGGAACCUUCCGGGCACAGGAGGAGCUGGGUGCCAAGCGGCGCCCGCAGCGGGGCUGGAACGAGUCCGACCUGGACGUGGCCUACGAGAAAAAACCGCCGGGCCCGGGGGGCUACGACCGGACCCCCGAGGGCCAACCGCGCCCCCCCCCCGGUGCUGUGGAGGGAAUCGAGCCUGGACGGGGCCGGCCCGGGCAAGGACGGCGCUUUCGGCGCUCACAGCGCCACCCUGCCGCGCAAUUACAAACUGUCCCCCCUGGAACGGCGACAAGAGGGGGGGGGCCCCCCUUUUCCGCUCGCCCCCCGCGGCCAGGACGCUGCCCCGGGGGUGGCCCGGGCCAGCAGCCGGUGUCGCGCAUCCCGGUGCCCCCCGCCCCGGCCGGGAGACCCCCCCGGCACAAGCCGCUGCCCCUCUCCAUGAUCUUCAGGCUGCAGAACGCCUUCUGGGAGCAGGGCGGGGGGCACAGGGGGCUGCCCCCCCUCAUCGCCCCCUCCCCGGCCGGGGGGGCAGCGCGGGGGUCGCCCCAAAAGAUGCCGGCGCUGCCCCCGGCCCCGCCCGCGGCGGCUGGGGGGGAAGCUCCCACCCGCCCCGCGCCCCCCGACCCUCCCGAGGCCGAGGCGGAGCUGGAGCGGCUCCUGCGCUGCUCGGACGCGGAGGGGCCCGCGGAGGGACCCCCGGAGGGACCCCCGGAGGGACCCCCGGACGCUCCCCCGGCGCGGCCGCUGAGCCCCACGCGGCUGCAGCCGCUGCUGCCGCCCGAGGCGCGCCGGGUGCCCGAGUUCCAGGAGGUGGCGCGGGUGCUGGCGGAGAUGCCGCGGCCGCUGAAGCGCCGGGGCUCCAUGGAGCAGAGCCCCGGGCCCGCCGCCGCCCCGGCGCGCACCCGCCACUACCGGCAGCUGAUCCCGCGCCUGCUGCACCGCCCCGGCUCGCCGGCCGCGCCGGGGGACGGCGCCGAGGCGCUGCCCCUGUCGCCGCCGCCGCCUCCUCCUCCUCCUCCUCCUCCUCCGCCUGCUGCUGCUCCGGCCGUGGAGAGCGCGGCCCCGGCGGGGCAGGGGACGGAGCUGCGCUCGGCCCUGCGCGACCCCUCCUCGCCGCGGCGCCGCCCCGGGGCGCGGGUGCGGCUGAACCCGCUGGUGCUGCUGCUGGACGCGGCCCUGACCGGGGAGCUGGACGUGGUGCAGCAGGCGGUGGCAGAGCUGAACGACCCGAGCCAGCCCAACGACGAGGGCAUCACGGCGCUGCACAACGCCAUCUGCGGCGCCAACUACGCCAUCGUGGAGUUCCUGAUCGCCAGCGGCGCCAACGUCAACUCCCCGGACAGCCACGGCUGGACGCCCCUGCACUGCGCGGCCUCGUGCAACGACACCGGCGUGUGCGUGGCCCUGGUGCGCCACGGCGCCGCCAUCUUCGCCACCACGGCCAGCGACGGCAGCCUGGCGGUGGAGAAGUGCGACCCGUACCGCGAGGGCUACGCCGACUGCUCCAGCUACCUCACUGAGGUGGAGCAGGGCAUGGGCGUGCUGAACAGCGGGGUGGUGUACGCGCUCUGGGAUUACAGCGCCGAGUUCGGGGACGAGCUCUCGUUCCGCGAGGGCGAGCCCGUGACCGUGCUGCGCCGCGAGCCCCCCGAGGAGCUCGACUGGUGGUGGGGGUCCCUCUACGGCCACGAGGGAUACGUGCCCCGCAACUACUUCGGGCUCUUCCCGAGGGUCCGGCCGCAGAAGAAGAAAAUCUGAGGGGGGGGGGAGGUCCCAGCCCCCUCCCCAAAUCGGGACACGCCCCCUUUGCUGUCCCCUCCCCCCCGUGGUGUUCUCCCUUUUUUUGGGAUUUUUUGGGAAUAAAAACCUCCGGAUGCUC